AUGCACCUUUACGCCAGCCGUCUCCUCACAUACACACUCUCACGUAGACACACCUCACUGUCUCCCCGCGCAGGCCUGACUCAUGCACCGGGACUGUCGACCAACCACAUCCUCGUCAGUCUGACGUCAGCUUGCCAUUGGAUCAGCCAGACCUCAGCACCUCACACAAAGCCACUUCAACUGGCCUCGGCACCAAUCAGAAGGCGACCUUUACGCCCGGCUGGAUCGAUUUUUCCAUGGCUCCAUUCUCCUCGUGCCGACGACUCACUCCGGCUCUUCUUGCGUCGUGACCUCUCACAGAGUCUCACAGCCCCACUGCUACAUCAACUGCUUGCCUCAGCUCGACCUACCGAAGACCAGAAGCACCUUUCUCCAUUGACACCUUUUCAACAGGUAACCCUCCAGUUUCGAUGCAUUUCUUCUUCGCGAUACCACGCCCCGCGUCUUUUUUACACGGAGCCACUCGGAAUCGAUGCCAUGUCUCGGUAUCGUAUAGCCGAUAGCGACUUCUCUUCCGCAUCUCUACGCCACGUCGCUCAUCGUCUCAAGGCUGGGUCCACUGUACUAGCAUACGUCACGAAGACUCGCUUCAUAAAUUGA